AUAUUAUAUUUUCAAAACGUUCUAUAUCAGUCGUUUAUUUUUUUCUUUAAUAUAUAAUGAAAAAAUAAGUUUCAUGAAAAAUGUGAAUGACUAGUUUUAGAUUUAGCCAAUACACGGAGAUUACUCCAUCCUUUACUAUACUGUAUUGUCGUCUACCGAGCGUAUAUACUUUAACUAGUACAAAAUGGUCGACGUGCCUUCGAUGUAGGAAAUUAUUUUCCGUUACUAUAUAUUUCAUUAUUUUAUAAAGUACUAAGGCAGGAUAAAGCACAUUCGAUACUAAUGGAUUUAUAAAAAAGUUAUUACAUUUUCGAUCAUCAACAUACAAAAAUCAGACAUUUCUCAAAACAUUGUUGAAGCAAGACAAGGAAAUAAAGAAUAAAAAAAAAAAAAUAAAGAAACAUGGAGAAACGGCAGGAGGUACUAGCUCCAUUUUCAUCCGAUGAAUGUCCCAAUAGUGGAGAGGAUAGCGAAGAGGAUGUAAUAACAGAUUACCUUGGAUCAUCACAUUCCGACUGCGACCGUGUGCCUACUAUUAAUGGAGAUAUCGGUGGUCUGAGUCUACAUGGAAACAUAGUUGCAGAGACAGGUUAUACCGAAGAUAAUACCAACAAAACAAUCACCAUGUCUGGAGGAAAUUCUGUACAACAACAGCAACAUCCGUUGCUUACGCUUGGUACUAACAUUCAAACUCAGCCUAAUCCUCUUGUACCCAUUAUUAGUGUUACACCUCAUUCUCCUGGUCUUGCUAAGAACUAUCCUGUCUUAGAGGACAAUUUGCAACAUUUGCACGAAAUUCAAGACCAGAUUCAACGUAUGAAAGAUUUGACGAUAAACACUUUGGGAUACAAUAAUCGCAUGACCUCUUCGUGUCCUUCUUUAUGUCCGUGGAUAUUUGCUGAGGGUGGAUCACGUUCCAAUAAUCAUGAAGCUUCUGAUCCGGAUCUCCUUGCUAAUUGUUCAACUAAUAGCUCUCCGACACAUUUUCCAUCUAUAAGUUCUCAUGUGCCACCUGUAGAGGGUAUAGAUAGAAGACGAAGUUGGACGGAUUUGGAAGAUAGCAGACGUGGUAGACGCAGAUAUUCCGGACAAAAUCACCUACAAGCACAAAAUAUGCGACAACGCAGCAUUAGUUUAAGUAGUCUGGACAGUGAAAUGGAACUAGAACUAGAUGGAAAAUCUUGUAGUGGAACCGUAGGGGUAGGUAAUCGAGCAUGCAGACCACAAGCAAGUACUCAUUCCUUAAAUGAGGCAGACCUUGUGCAGAGCGAAUAUCAGAAGAUUGUAUCUAAAAGAAGUAGUCAAAGAUUAGGUGAAAGUAGCAGUUUGAUGCCAGGUUUAACUGGUGCACGUUUACCUCUUCAGAAAUCUAUUUCAACCCCUUCCAUCGUUACACCGCCAAUUCAUACGCAUCUCACAGACUCCGGUACACGGACAACACCUUCUCUUGCAGCAGAAACUGCGUAUGACGAUCAACAUUCUGAGAAGACCAGAAGAAAGCGUGGCUCUAUUUUUUUCCGUAAGAAAAAGGAUAAAAGUGGCAAGAAAAAUAGUCAACAACAACAUGCGUGGAUAACAAUGACAACUGGAACACAAGGAAAUUAUCAAUGUGAUGUUUGCAUGAAGCAAUCAACUAGUAAACCAAUUCUUCAUUGUGAAAAUUGUGGAUUGUCGAUACAUCAAAGUCAAGGGUGCAAGGAUCAUAUAGCAUCAGAAUGUAGUAAAUCUAAACAUCAUUCUGUGAAGGCUGUUAUUAAAUCAACGUCAAGUAUUUCUUCAGUUACAAGUAACAACAGCGUGAAAAGAGGUUCUACAGCUUCGUUACCAUUGCCAGCAUCAUCUGGAAGUGGAAGGGAAAUUAACAGCAAGAAAACAGUGACAAGCUACAGCCCUUGGCGGCGAGUUGCCACCAAGCUCGGAGUCAAUCAAACAAUUAAUGAGGAAAAGGAUGCAGAUAGUGGUUCACAUCGCGAUGCUUCCGGUAGUUGGGAGGAAUUCGAUUUUGGAGAUGAAGCACAUCAGUUUACAGUAGGUGAUCUCGAAGGCUUAGAUCCUGAACUGGGCUUAGGAAAGGAAGAACCUGAUUCAUGGAGUACAGCCAUUGGAAGAAAAGUAGCAUCACGUCUCGUAGAUCAUUGUGAACGAGAAGUGAAAAGACAAGAGCAUAUAUAUGAAUUUAUUUUAACAGAAAAACAUCAUUGUUUAGUAUUGUUAGCAAUGGAAAGGAUUUUUGUAGAAGGUUUACGACGUCAUUUCCGUUUGGGACAACCAAAUCUGGAACGAAUGUUUCCUAGAUUACGCGAUCUCAUUGAUAUUCAUUUAAAAUUUCUACAGAAAUUACGUAAAUGUCAAAAUGCAAAUCCUGUUGUUCCUACUAUCGCUGACAUACUUGUCGAACAAUUCUCAGGUGAAAAUUCUCAACGUAUGAAAAGUGCAUACGGUGAAUUCUGUAGUCGUCAUAGAGAAGCUGUUGAAACUUACAAGUAUUAUUUGCAACAUGAUGCUCGAUUUGCACGUUUCGUACGUCACUGUCAGACAAAUCCUUUAUUGAAGAAGAAGGGUAUUCCAGAAUGUAUAUUGUUUGUUACACAACGUUUAACAAAAUAUCCAUUACUAGUCGAACCACUUAUUAAAACUGGUAUUAUGCCAGAUGAGGGAGAGAGUUUAAAAAAGGCUCUGAGAUUGGUAAAAGAAAUUUUAGCGGAUGUAGAUGCUUGCGUGGCAGAUAAAGACCGAGAAGAUAGAAAAUUAGAGAUUUAUAAUAAGAUUGAUGCGAAAUCAUUCGCCACUUAUCGUGGUGCCAAGUUCAAGAAAUCAGAUAUAAUGGCGUUCAAUAGAAUAUUGAAAUUCGAAGGAACGGCAUAUUUAAUGCAAGGUCGUGGAAAAAUGACUGCCAUUGUUGUAGUCGUUCUUUCUGAUAUAUUAUUCUUCUUAGUUGAAAGAGAUCAAAAAUAUGCUUUCUUAGUUCCGGACAAUAAAGCUGCUAGUGUAGUGUCGUUACAGAAAUUAUUGGUACGUGAAAAAGCUGGUCAAGAAUCCAGAGGUAUCUACUUGAUAAGUAGUAAUCCAGAUGAACCUGAAAUGUUUGAAUUAAAAGUUCAAAAGCCCAAGGAUAAGCAUGUAUGGAUUCAGGCAAUACGUUCAGCUGUUGAAGCUUGUCCUCAGGAUCCUGAAAAUGAUACUGAUGUUAUUACGGAUGGCAAUAGUAAUAAUGAAUUAAGGGAUACACGUUCAUCUUCCAUAUCGAUGCUUUAUGCAGAAGAAAGACAAAAGAUGAUUAAAGCUAAGGAAUCGCACUUAGUUAAAAUUAUUGAUGAAAUACGAAAAAAGGACGUUGAGCAAGCAUUAUUGUUUGAAGAAAAAAUCAAUUUACGAACUAGACUUUUCCGUACAACAAACGUUUGGAAUGAAUAUGAUAAUGAUUAUGAAAAAAUGAUUAAGGUGGAAAAAGAAAUUCUUGAUUAUACUAGUCUUGCUCAGAUGGAAAUUAUAGAUACGACUCAACGGCAAAAGAUUCUUAUGGCUGUACGGGAAGCCACACGAUUGGCUGAUUCAUUGUCAUUUAGCGCUGGCGGUGCAACGCUUUCUAGAAGUUUAAGUUCAGCAGGUGAACGUCAUAGCGAUGCUUACGUACCACCAGCUCUUUACGUUCCUAGACGAGCAGAAACGUUCGCUGGUUUUGAUCAUAGUAAGGAAAGAUAUCCUGUACGUGAUAGUACAACAAUUAAUGCAGGAUCAAUUCUCCCAAAAGUUGGUGAAUUAUCUAAAGAAAAUCCAGAGGACAAAGAAAGUUCCGAAUUAGAUGCGAACAAAGAUCAACAAUUAACUGCGAUACGUUUAUCAAAUCAUGUCUAUGCUUUGAUUUGUAUAAUCAAUAAUCAAAUGACGACAAUCGAUGGUCUACAAGCUCAAUUAAAUGCAUGUAAGGAGGGAAGUAUGGGAAAAUCAUUGAAUAACAGACCGAAUCCAAAUCGUCAAUUGGAGGAGUUGAGAAAUUUGCAGGAUCAACUUAGCCGUGAAAAGGCAGCAUUUCGUGAUGCUUCUCAACAAGAGAAAAAUCAAUUGGAAGAAGAACGAACUGAGUUAGCAAGGCAGAGAGAACAAUUGGCCGCCGAGCAAAGAGACGUUACACAACAGCGUGAACAAUUGUAUCGGCGAUUGCAGGCGCUGGAACGUCAAGGUGUUACUUUGGUUGCAGGCUCUACAACAGGACCUACAACUAAUCAUCUGCCACACGUGACACAAAGUGGUACAGAAAUCGUACAACCACGAAAGUCGCAAGGAGACGCUAAGAGAAUACCUAUUAAUUUAAUCAGCGCUACCAAUCAGCAGAAAGUACAAAGCAAUCUUCCUGUCAAGCAGCAACUACCAUUGAAGCUCGCAAGUGGAAGUAAUAACAAUAGCAGGAGUGGAAGUACUGCGAGCCAUUAUAGUCCAGACCGACAUACUAGAACAGGAAGUAGCCCUGCUAUCGUAACUGGAUCUGCAUUUUCUUCUUCUGACCUCGGCAAUAGUCAUGGUAGCGGGACAAGUCUUACACAUUCCUCAAAUCGAUCUCUUCGAAAUACACAGUCUCCUCCAGAGUCGUAUCAACAACAACAUCAACGUGCAGAACAGCAACAACCAUUGGAAGAAGAGGUGAUCUUUUUCUGACGAUUCUUUAGAUUCGGACGAAAACAUUCGCGUAAUUCACGUCCAAAUAACGAUGGAGCUACUCCGACGUCUGUACAAACGCCUCCGCAAUCUCGUUCAAGAGAUAGUCAGACUAGAAGCCGGGUUAAGUCCUUUUGACUUUCAACUUUCAGUCGGUAAUAAGACUGAUUGUUAUUUCUACAUAAAUACUUUCAUUCUUUCUUUUUAUUAUCUCUUUCUCUCUUUCUAUAUAUAUAUAUAUAUAUUUCUAUUUCUCUCUUUUUCUCUAUUUCGAAUAUUAUUAUUAUAGCUUUUUUUCUUCCUGUAACUUUUGAUAUCUUUAAAAACCUAUAACUCUUUAAAUAAAUAACAACAAAGAAAAAAUAUAACUUAAACUCUUAAUAUAAGAGAAAAGGGUUGUAGGUUUCGAAGAAUUUCACAAUAUGUGACACGUAUGUAUUACGUGAAAAAACUUUCGAUGUGCUGAAAUGAACAGCACAGUAUAUAUAUAUAUAUCGUUUAAAGUAAACACGAGUAUGCAAUAUUAAGAAACAAAUAAUAAUAAUAAUAAUAAUAAUAAUAAUAAUAAUAAUAAUAAUAAUAAUAAUAAUAAUAAUGAUA